AGAAAAAUUGUGAUAAAGAACCAAAUUUAAGUCUGCAAGUGGAGCAUGCAGAUGCAGAUCAAGUGGCGCGCAAGUCAAAUGAUGGCGGGCUGUCUUCGGCUAACAAUGUUAGAAUCGAGGUCAUACAUGAUACUGUUUUGCUUUCUCAACCUAAAGUUAUUGCAUCCCAGCAAAGCGGACAUCCAUGAUUCGUCCGAGGCAUCCAAGGCUAGGCCGUCCGACAUCCAAAGCGUGUCCCCGUGGUGUCACCCAGCGCGUCCACAGGACGUCCUCGUUGCCAUCCAGGACGUCCACGGGAUGUCCCUGGCGUCCAAGGAGUGUCACUGCUACGUCCAAAGCGUGUCCCCGUGGUGCCACCCAGCGCGUCCACAGGACGUCCUCGCUGCCAUCCAGGACGUCCACGGGAUGUCCCUGGCGUCCAAGGAGUGUCACUGCUACGUCCAAAGCGUGUCCUCGUGGUGCCACCCAGCGCGUCCACAGGACGUCCGCAGGAUGUCCCUGGCGUCCAAAGCGUGUCCCCGUGGUGUCACCCAGCGCGUCCACAGGACGUCCGCAGGAUGUCCCUGGCGUCCAAAGCGCGUCCCCGUGGUGUCACCCAGCGCGUCCACAGAACGUCCGCGCUGCCUUCCAGGACGUCCAUGGGAUGUCCCUGGCGUCUAAAGAGUGUCAAAGCUGACGUCCAAAGCGUGUCUCCGUCGUGUCACCCAGCGCGUCACGUCCCCGCUGCCAUCCAGGACGUCCACGGGAUGUCCCUGGCGUCCAAAGAGUGUCACUGCUGACGUCCUAUGUCCCGUCCACAGAACGUCUUUGCUGCUGUACCUGCUGACCUCCAUAUGUCAAGCAUGAAAGUCAUAAGAAACAUUAAUUGCGUCAUUUGAAACAA